AAAUGCAACAAUGCAGUAGUGAUGAUUUGGGUCUGUCACAACCUUCUGUAAGCAGAGUUAUCACACAAACAAUUACAGCACUUUCAGAACCUCUUAUUGUGUCACAGUUCAUUUCGUUUCCACUGGACAUUCCCAACUUGCAGGCUCAAAAAACUGCAUUUAUGAAUAUAGCAGGCUCCCCUGGUGUUGUCGGAGUAAUUGAUGGAACCCACAUCCAAAUUAUUGCACCGUCGGAAGACGAGGACUUUUAUGUUAAUAGAAAGAGGUACCACAGCAGAAACGUUCAAGUUGUUUUCAGUGCAGAUUAUAGGAUUAUAGACAUUGUUGCAAAAUGGCCCGGCCCAACACAUGAAGCCAGGAUACUGGCGGAGAGUGGCCUGAGACAUCUGUUUGAAAUACGUCGUAUUCCAGCAAAUUGCCACUUGUUAGGGGACAGUGGUUAUCCUUGUAAACCAUGGCUCCUCACACCUUACCUCCAUCCUGACCAGAGGUCAUAGCUAAAUUACAACAGGUAACACCGCAGUCAACAAAGACUCCUUGGUCAACUAAAGAGGCGCUUUCACAUUUUGCAUGGAAAGGUGCGACUGGCACCAGGAAAGGUCUGCAAACUGAUAACAGCCUGUGCAGUGCUUCAUAACAUCUGUAAAGCUAGACAAAUUGCAGACCCUCCCAUGGACAAUCGGGCUGAUGAAGAGUGGGAAUCCUUACAGAGCCCAGUUUACUAA